AUGGAUCAAACCAUCGAAGCCUCAAGAAGGCAAUCAAUUGAACCUGACCGAUUAGGAGCUAUAAUAUCUUCACAAUUAUUAGACAACGACAUAUGGAUCCCAAUUAGAAAAAUUGAAAAUGAUACUAUCGAUAACAUUCUCAAUAGAUUCCAGCUUGUUUCUCAAUCUAAGAUAGAAAAAGGUUCUCUUCUUGGCCAACCAUUCACAGUUAAAAUCCAGACACUUGGUAUUUCAUCAUUGCCAAAGAAUCAAUCAAUUAGAGGACGCGCACCCCAAGAAAAUUCUGCAAUAAUUACACAUAUAAAUAUUGAUCGAUUAAUAAAAAUUUCAAACCCAAACAAUUUAUGUUUAUUCUAUGCGCUGGAAAUAACAAGAAAAUAUUUUGCUAAAGAAUUGGGCGCUAAAUGGAACUUUUCAAGAUAUUUAAAAAAUGGUGACAGACAAAUGGAUGAUGUUUUCAACCUCCUAAAAUCAGUAAAAAUCCCUCAUGAUCUUCCUGAAUAUGAUGCUGUGGAAUAUGUACCAGUUGUUGUCGAUUUUUGGAAUAAUAAAUACAAGGAUGCAGGCUAUAAAUUUAAAGUAUUUAUUUUUGGAAGUAUCAGUGAGAAACCUAUAUUCAAAUAUGGGAACGAUAAUUUUAACAUGCCUAUUUCAAUUUUUCACAAAGAUAACCAUUUUGAUGGAAUAAGAUUUGUUGGAGUUUCGAAAGUCAAAGGAACAUGAUUUGAAAUGUAAAUCUCU